UAUCAUUUUAAAAGUAUGUAAUUCUAAUUUUAGUGGAAGUUAAUCAUUGAAAGGGACCGUGGUUCAUGUCAAAGUAUAAAUGUAAUAUAAAACUAUUUUAAUGCUGUUUAACUUGAAACCUGGUUUUUAAAAUUUUAAAAAUGAUAUUGAUUGGACUUCGUAAGUGCAUAUUAACAUUGGUAUCAAUUAUCUUUAUAAUUUACAUAGUUAAUGGAACUCCAUCCAAUGAAUUUACAAUAAAUGCUCCAGCAAAAAUAGAACAUUUCCUCGAAGGUGUAAAAUAUCCAGUAUUAAAUUAUACUUUCUUAAAAAUUGCUCUAAAAUCUGAUCCUUUGAUGGUUGAUCACAUGUUUGCUUACUUUCCUGAAAACCCUAAUGAAACAUUGGAUGCAAGGACUGUAGUGUUUGAUCACAUGAAAAAAGUGAUGAUUUACAUUCAUGGUUUUAGGACACCAGAUUUAACCGAUUCAGUAGAAUUAAAAAAUGCUUUAUUUGAAGGUGCUGAUGAUUUUGGUUGUAUCAUACUUGUCGACUGGAGAAAAGGUUCACUUUAUGAGAACUCUGCAUGGUACAUAAUAAGCAAUUAUGAGACUGUCGUUAGGGAUAAUGUUCCUAUAGUAGGCGAAUAUUUAGCUGAAUAUAUUAACAAAUAUAUCCCUCCAACUACAUACAUCUAUCUAGUUGGUCAUAGUCUCGGUGCGCAUAUAAGUGGAAUUGCUGCCAGAACAGUAAAGAGAUAUUCCGGAAGAGUAAUAGAUCGAAUUUCAGCUAUUGAUCCAGCUGGUCCUAUAUUUGAGCAUUCGGCGUAUGGAGCAUAUAAAGUCAAUACAACACACACCUUACGCAAGACUGAUGCCAAAUUUGUUGAUGUUAUUCAUGCAAGUUCCAUUUUAGGAAUGUGUAAUGAAGUUGGUCAUUUGGAUAUUUAUAUUGACGAAAACGAUUGUUUUCAACCAAUGUGUAUACAUAGCAAAGCCUUUACUAUAUUUAGAGCAUCUAUCAAUAAAUGUUCUCAAAUGACGUGUCCGAUUGGUAAAUUAACGAAAAAGAAUCAGUGUAAAGCUGAUUUAAAAAAUGAGCUUUCCAGUCUUGGUUACCUAACAGAUAUGUAUAAAGGUCGUGGUAAACAUACAGCUAGAUUCUAUAGAUAUGGUGGGGUCUUCAAUAUGUUAAAGUAUUCAACAAAUGUAUGUUCGGCUUUCUUACAUGUAGAAUUACCCGCAAAAAAAAGAAUUUGUUUAGAUCCACCAUCACGAAACAGCAAAUGUAAGCUUCUGCCUUACUUUUCAGUUUGUGAAGAUGAUAUGGACAAUUAUGUAUGCCGCAAAGAUGAUAUUGAAUCUAAGUUAGUUUUUAAAAGUAUAGGGACAGAAUUACCUUAAAUAAAAUCAUUAAAUAUAUUAUAAAAUGUUAUUCGAAUUCGAAUAAUGAUUUAAGCAUACAUAUUUAAAAAGAGAACAAUUAUAUGUGAAACACAAAAUGCAAAUAAUAAAACAAUGUUCAAUUAUUUUCUGGCACAUUUUAUUGAUGAAUUUUUGAACAAAUAUAUAAAA